AUGCCGGGGAGCCUCUCCACGGCCCUGCGCGUGGUGGGGACCAGCCUCUUCGCUGUGGCUGUCCCGGGGGGGGUACUGUUUGCCUUCCUGGUGCCCCGGCGUAUGCGGGGCUGGGGGGGCCCGGUGCGGCUGGGGGGGUCGGUGGCCCUCUGCAUCGCCGCUUACCAGGAGGAUCCCGACUACCUGAAGAAGUGCCUGCGCUCCGUCAAGCGCAUCGCCUUCCCUGACCUCAAAGUGGUGAUGGUGGUGGACGGGAAUGGGCCGGAUGACACCUACAUGCUGGACAUCUUCAAGGAUGUGAUGGGCUCGGAGCACUCGGGCAGCUACAUCUGGAGGAGCAACUUCCACGCGUGGGGCGAGGGGGAGACAGAGGCCGGGCUGCGGGAAGGGCUGGCCCGUGUCCAGGCGCUGGUGCGGGGCACCACCUACUCCUGCAUCCUCCAGAAGUGGGGCGGGAAGCGGGAGGUGAUGUACACGGCAUUCCGGGCGCUCGGAGACUCCGUGGACUACAUCCAGGUGUGUGACUCAGACACGGUGCUGGACCCCGCCUGCACCGCUGAGAUGCUCCGGAUCCUGGAGGCCGACCCCCGCGUCGGAGGUGUUGGUGGCGAUGUCCAGAUCCUGAACAAGUACGACUCGUGGCUCUCCUUCCUGAGCAGUGUGCGGUACUGGAUGGCCUUCAACGUGGAGCGUGCCUGCCAGUCCUACUUCGGCUGCGUGCAGUGCAUCAGCGGGCCCCUAAGCAUGUACCGCAACGCGCUGCUCCAGCACUUCCUCGAGGACUGGUACCACCAGACCUUCCUGGGCAGCAAAUGCAGCUUUGGAGAUGACCGGCACCUCACCAACCGUGUCCUCAGCCUGGGCUACCAGACCAAGUACACGGCUCGCUCCAAGUGCCUGACGGAGACGCCCACCCGCUACCUGCGCUGGCUCAACCAGCAGACCCGCUGGAGCAAGUCCUACUUCCGCGAGUGGCUCUACAAUGCCCUGUGGUUCCACAAGCACCAUCUCUGGAUGACCUACGAGUCUGUGGUGACUGGCUUCUUCCCCUUCUUCCUCAUCGGAGCCCCCAGGGCUCCCUCCAGCCCAUUUUAG